UUCCUCAUACUCGCUCGAAGCUCUUGACUCCGUCAUAUACUGCUGUUCCCUCAAAGCAGGGAAUAAGGACGGGGCAGAGGCAGUAUUGGAUUGAUUUGCCCGCGGUGCACAACGUCAACAGUCCACACCUGAAUSUGUGUUUGACUUGAAGGUUAAAGAGAGGUUGUUAUGCCAACAGAGCUUGGCUCUGAGUCACGGGUAAAGAAGGCAGCCGAAGAGUCCUCCUGGCAGAAGGGGGCAGCAACAGGCAUGCAGGACUCGGCUUUAGAUGCAAAGAUGGCCAAACAGGACCAGGACUCCAAACUGAUCGACGACCACAGGGAAAUAGACGACGUGUCAGAAAAGACCACCCCAAGUAAGACCCCCAAGUCCCCCCAGAAGACUUCCAAACGGCCAAAGACUGUUCCCUUCAAGGUCACCCUACUGGACACCUCUGACUAUGAGGCAGGGAUUGAGAAGCACUGCAAAGGACAGGCCCUGCUGGACAUGGUGUGUGAGCACCUCAACCUGCUGGAGAAGGACUACUUUGGCCUGAUGUACAGCGAUGCAGAAAGCCAAAAGAAUUGGUUGGACCCCUCCAAGGAGAUCAAGAAGCAGAUGCGCACUGCUCCCUGGCACUUUGCCUUCUCUGUCAAGUUCUACCCACCAGACCCCUCCCAGUUGACAGAGGACAUCACCAGGUACUACCUGUGUCUUCAGCUGAGAGAUGACAUGUUGUCAGGCCGUCUGCCCUGCUCCUUCGUGACCCACGCCCUGCUGGGUUCCUAUGCCGUGCAGGCCGAGCUGGGAGACUAUGACACCGAUGACCACGGUCCCGACUACGUCAGCGACUUCCGCUUCGCACCCAAUCAGACGCGAGAGCUGGAGGAGAGGGUCAUGGAGCUCCAUCGUAACUACAGGGGUAUGACGCCAGCUGACGCAGAAAUCAACUUCCUAGAAAAUGCUAAGAAGCUAUCCAUGUAUGGGGUGGACCUCCAUCAUGCCAAGGAUUCAGAAGGGAUUGACAUCAUGCUGGGUGUAUGUGCCAACGGCCUCCUGAUAUACCGCGACCGCCUGAGGAUCAACCGCUUUGCCUGGCCAAAGAUUCUCAAGAUAUCCUACAAGAGGAGCAACUUCUACAUCAAGAUCCGUCCCGGAGAGUACGAGCAGUUUGAGAGCACUAUUGGCGUCAAGCUUCCAAACCACCGGGCGGCUAAGAGGCUGAUGAAUUCCUCUCUGUCUGUGGACUAUAACACCUCCAGGUUAGUGUCUCCAGAGCCUCCUCCUAAGGGCUUCUUGGUGAUGGGCUCUAAGUUUCGAUACAGUGGGCGAACCCAGGCCCAGACACGGCAGGCCAGCGCUCUCAUAGACCGGCCCGCGCCACACUUUGAACGCUCCACCAGCAAGAGGUACCUGUUGUCCCGCAGUCUGGACGGAGCAGAGUUCUCCCGGCCAGUGUCGGCCAUGUGUGAAAACCAGGAUGGUCUCCCCUCUGGGGACGAACAGGAGACAGAACUGGAACCACCCAGUUUGGAGCAGGACCAAGAGGAGGAUCAGGAUGAGGAACAGGAUCUAGAGGAAUACCACGACCAAGAGAAGGAUGAGGAUGGUGUCCCCACCCCCAGCAAGAAGAAGGAGAUCAAGUUUUUGGAUAAGUCAGAGGAUGUCUUACUGAAGCACCAGGCCAGUAUCAAUGAGCUGAAGAGAGCCCUGAGGGAGCCCAACAGCAAGCUGAUGAACCGUGAGAAGCGGCUGUCAGGGACGUCUCCUGGCGGAACACCCGAGAAGAAGGCUGUGGUGGGCAAGGAACUAGUAAACAGCUUCUCUGUAGAGGGCUUCGUCCAGAAGACAGUGGUGACUUCCCCAGAGGGCUCUGAGGAGUGGGUAUUGAUUGAGAAACAAAAUACUCAUCAACACGACUAUAACUGGAAGGCAGAAGAACAGAACGAAGCUUCCACCUCGCCUCCCCCAUUAUUGCCUGAUUCCUCUUGGGAAAGAAAGAAAGAAUUGGAAAAAGACAUAGAAGUAGCCAAGAUGAUUCAUAUCGAGGUUACAGYGGAGGAUGGGCAAGAAAUGAUAACAGAUAUUGAUAACUUUCCAUUGUCCAAAGCCACAAGGGAAGCCCAGGAUGAAUGUUCUGAACCACGGUUGACUAGCAACAGCCGGUUCGUGGUGGAAUUAGCUGAAACCACAGAAUCUUCUGAAGAGGAUUCACAGUGGAAAGCACCUCCAGCAGAACACUCUGGUGCAAAGAAUGACAUAUUCCCAGUGUCAGACCCAGUCUCAACCCAAACCCCAGCCCCAGUCCCAUUCCGAGACUCUAAGAAGGAUCAUCAACCCAACAGACACAGAAAAAAGAAGAGACCUAAUAGUUUAAAUCUGGGAAUGUCAACAGAAUUCAUCUAUGAGAAAGAGGGCGAUGUCUCAAACGCUGAAGAAGACAACGGGGGAUCAGACUGGGAGGAUAGUCCAACAGAGAAGACAAAGGCGGGACAAAUAGAUCACCCUGUGUCCAGAGAGGAGCCAGACGACCAGUGUUGGGUGACGAGUCCACUGAUGAAAGAUGAGGAGAUAUCACCAGAGGCAAAAUGGAAGGAGACAGUGGUUUCUGCGUAUGAAGAUAAGAAGAAGGAGCACAAUACAUCAAUAGGAGACAAGGCGACUCAGGGAAGUGUAGUGGAUGAUCCUGCAGUGUGUGAUGGAAGAGACCAGGAUAAGCGCCUCAUCACUGAGGUCCAGCCAGCAGACGAAGGGCUGGGCUCUGUCAAUGGUCCUGGGAAAACAGAAUGUGAUAGUUUAGCAGAACAGGUUAGAGAACCGGUUAAAGGGUUUCAUCUCAGAGAGAGGUGCAUGACUGACAAUAGAGAACACAUAGAAGAGGUCAAGUUGAGGGAGGUCAAGACACACAAGAGACAAGCCAGUAACUCUGGGGGGGAGGAAGUGGAAGGUCUCACGUCAGAGGUCAGGGGUCAGAGAAGGUCUUUACAGAGACUAUCAGGCAGCAGUCAGUCAGAAAUCACCAGGAUCGUUCCGCUCAAACCUGAAAGGUCAAAGAGCUUAGCAUGCAAAGAUGAGCAGGACAGAGGGAGUCAGGAGUCAGAGUCUGAGCUGAGUGGUGUUUUUAGAAGAGAGUACAGAUGGUCAGGGGGUUCAUCAGAGGGACCUUCAGACAUCAACUGGAACAACGAGUCCACCUUCUAUCAAACACCCACCCUGCCUACGUCAUUCAUCUCAACCAACGUUAGUCCAGCAAGACGGACCCACUCCCCGACUACCACACACAGAGACGCCCCACAGGAACAGGGCAGCUUCUGGGCUCUGGAAGGCUUGGCAAGAGURGAGGCUAAAACUGAAGAGGUGGUUCAGCAACAGAGCAGCGCUGCCCGUGACGAUCACUUUCAGACGUCAUUCAUCUCAACCAACGCUAGUCCAGCAAGACGGACCCACUCCCCGACUACCACACACAGAGACGCCCCACAGGAACAGGGCAGCUUCUGGGCUCUGGAAGGCUUGGCAAGAGUCGAGGCUAAAUCUGAAGAGCUGGUUCAUCAACAGAGCAGUGCUGCCUGUGAUGAUCCCUUUCAGGCUGCUAGAGAAGCCAUAGAGAGUCAUCAGUUUCUCAGCUUCAAGGUUUCAGCCUCAGCGCUCCCCAGGACAGCUCCUCCUGCCCCUCCAGUUAAAACACAGAAGGCCAGAGAGUCUGGACUCAUACUCCGUAACAUCAACCGCAAUGUUAGCAGGGAGCCUGGCCUGGAUGCAACCAAGAAGAGACACUCGGUAACUCUGCUUGCCAUCUGCUUUUCAGUCAUUUGGAAACAAAAAGCAUCGCAUGAGCUUCAGACAGAGUCGCGCACUCCCAUUUUCUUAUUUUCCUCUGACAUGUGGAGGAAGGCAUGGACUUCAGACAUGGUUUCAUACAUGUUUUACAGCUCAAUUGACUGUGACAGGAUCUGUAGCCUCCACUCCGCCGUCUAUGAAGAUACAGUAGAUGAUGCCAAGCCCCCAGUAGCCAGGAAAGACCCCAGUGCUGUUAGCGCUGCCCAGAUGCUGAGGAAGGCCGACGCCAAGAUGGAGACACACACCAAUGGGUCAGAGGUCACCAACACCAACAUCAUGGACAUGUCAGAGCAGCAAAUGGAGACUGACGUCAACUGUAAUGACACUAAGGUCUCCAGCAGCACUGAUGUGGCUCAGCCACCAGAGGGAGACCUGAACCAGAACCAGGGAGUUGGCAGUAGGAAGGAGGCUCCUCUCCCUAGUAAAGAAAAUUGCUCCCCUGUAAAGGCAGGCACCCUGGGGAGAGAGGCUAAAGAGUCCCCCCUGAAUGUCACCACUGACAACGUCACCUCGGCAACCACAACUCAAGUUACCAAGACAGUGAAAGGUGGCUACUCCGAGACCAGGAUUGAGAAAAGGAUCAUCAUCACAGGAGAUGAUGACGUGGACCAACAUCAGGCCCUUGCGAUGGCGAUACAGGAGGCCAAGCAGCAACACCCUGACAUGCUUGUGACAAAAGCAGUGGUUGUCAGGGAAACAGAGUCUCCCACUGAGGAGCAACAUAGGACAUCUGAGUCCUGAUCGCUCAUAGUGGUUCCUGGGAGUGGGGACAGGAAAUGACCUGAUCCUCCCGUCAUCUCCCUGACCCUGCCAACGCCGCAAGAGGGCUACAGCAACCUGCCCACAGUGUAUACUACAAUACAACAGACCGACUGCUCUCCCUGAAACAAUCCCUGUCUCCUCUACAACACAAUAUGCCUCCUCUCCUGUCCCUUUAACCAAAACCGACUGUGACGCCGCCUCUGACCCACCCCACCCAACCCCUCUUCCUCUGGGAAAUUCCCUUUUCCCUGGGAUUUUUAGAACAUGACCGUUCUCACAAAUCUGAGAAAUAGACUACAGUGUUUAUCUCCCCAAGAGGUCUGACUUGUAAAGAAUAUGGCAGGAAUAGGGCUAAUAUGUGUUGCCCCAUGUUUAGCCAUGGGAUCUGUGAGAGAUCAAUAUGGUGGUUCUGGUAUUCUACACCCCCAGACAGACUGUACAUGUACAAACAUAAUGACAUGUUAACGGUUCAUCACCCUUGAUCAGUGUAGUUCAAUUAAAUGAUUAGUGAUGAGGAUGUAAUCCACCUUGAUUUAAAUCAGAUCAACCUUUCCCCAGAACACAUUGACUUACCUGUAACUACUGGUAAUUUAUUCGCCAGGAAGUCAAUAAUAGCCCAAUCUUCAAAAUUGCUCUCAUAUAUGGUCACCAUGGCGAUGCCUGCUCAGUGCUGACAUCAUGCAUGAAGCAUGGGGAUCGGGAAUGGAGUGAGUGGAGUGUGAGGAGAGGGGGUUGGGGGAGGGGUGCUCUGCAGGGGCCAGUGGGGAUGGCUAGCCUUUAACGCUUGUUGUCACCAGUGUGACACAUAUAUUAAACAGCUGUCUUACUAGCUUUUUAAACAUUUGUAACAAUAGAAGAAUCCAAUUUAAAGUCCAGUGUUUGCUUGUUUAAGAAAUAAAUACAAUUAAUGUAUCGAUUAGCUUCUCAUACUCACAUGCAUGGUUCUACAUAGUUGAGGUAAUGAACGAUACGAUACGGACCUGUCUAGGAACAGACGUCCACAGGAAGUGGUCAAGAUGGCAGAACAUUCAGACAAAUCUAUAUCUGAAAGAUUCUGUGGAAUAUACUUCUGCAAUGUGUAGACACUGCAUGUCAACCAAAGCUGAUGGGACUAUACCGAUAGGAGAGUCAACUGAAGGAAUACGUGGACAGACACUUCUACAACAUCAAGAGACUAUGAGUUGGGACUCCGCUUAGCAUUCAGGGUAUACUACUUCUAUAGGCUCUGACUGUCGUUCUCCGGCUAACAACAAACAGAAUCCCCCCCCACUCUCCUCAUCAUGUUCUCCUUCCUUCGUCCUGCUGUUAUAAUUUCAGUCUAAAACGCUGGUCAUGUAGGUCAAAAGUCAAAUCACACCCCAUUCACCAUGUAGUGCACUACUUUAGCCAAAAUUAGUACACUCUACUGGGAAAAGGUUGUCAUUUGAGACAAAGCCAUAGUAGGACUCUUAAAGCAAAAUGCUUUUCAUUUAAAGUUUCAAAUUAUUUUAUGAAAUGUGAGGAUAUGUUUAAAAAAAAAUCUUACUUGAGUUGUCUUUGUCAUGUUGUAUGAGUUCUACGUUUGUAUUUAUAAGAGUGGUGGUGAAUGUGUUUUUUUCCUUCCCUAAAAAGUAUAAGCGUGUGAUUACUUUUUCUGUACCCUCACAGACAAAGCCUGGAUUCUUAAAGUGACAAGUUUAAGCCCAAACUCCAUCCUCUUGGAUAGUUAGACAGGAGGUGAACCAGAACAGUUGGAACCCCUUUUCUGUUCCAGAACAGCAAGCAAUGCCUCCAUAACCCUGCCUGGCUUAACCUUGUAUACACUCUUAGAAAAAAGGGUUCUUCGGCUGUCCCCAUAGGAACACCCUUUUUGGUUCCAGGUAGAACCCUUU